AUGGUUUCAGAGACGGAAUCACCACCGUUGAUUGGACCACGUAUCUCUUUCUCAGCUGAUUUAUCCGACGGUGGAGAUUUCAUCUGCAUCAACAGUCCGGUAUUGUGUAAGGAGCUAGAGAAAGAGGUGGUUGUUAAAGGGUCAGUGAAAGUCGCCGACUUUGAGUUCUUGUCGGAAAAUGUGAGUCAACAGAGGAUGGUUACCGCCGACGAACUCUUCUCCGAAGGAAAGUUGCUUCCUUUUUGGCAAGUAAAGCAAACAGAGAAGCUUAAAAACACGAAGAUCCAUCUCCACGUCCUCCUAAAUGUACGGUUCUCUGGAAAGAGCUUUUGCGGUUGA